GACGUGUCAGCGCGUGUCGAAGACUUCACCAAGCUGCGCGUGGCUGUUCAGAGGACCAUGAUGGAGCUCCUUCAGAGCGGCAAAGCAAGCCGGGACAACCAAGGUGGUGAAGGCUAUGUGCUAGUGGAGGAUGUCGCCUGCACACCCCGGGUUUAUCGUCAGUGGCACCGCUGCCGGACAGACUCCUUUGAUCGCCUGGCCUUCUACCUACGCCACACUGAGGCUUUUGAGGUGUGGUCUCCGGGCCAGUCCGCAGAGGCUGACCAGGAGCAGGCCAACCUGCGAAGCGCCGUGAGGAUACGGCUGGAUGCUGUCAAAAAGGAUGAGUUUUCGCGUGAGUGGGUUGG